AUGGAGGCAGGAGCCCAUACAUUUCAUUUGACUGUUGGGGAGGCGACGAUUACUUUGGAGGAUGUCGCUGUUAUCCUUGGACUUAGAGUGCACGAGGCACCUGUUACUGGUCGAGGCGAGGGUAACUGGGCUGAAUUAGUUUUCGAGUUGUUAGGGAUUUGGCCCAACACACCGGAGAACGAGCCCAAAGUUCUCCAGGGUUCGUCUUUGAGAUUGGCAUGGCUUCGGCAACAUUUUUUCUUGUUGUCGAAUGAUGCUGAUGAGUUGACAGUACAGCGAUUUGCCCGGGCUUACAUUCUUGCGUUGAUGGGGUCCAUUCUUUUUGCCGACAAGAGUGGAGAUGCAGUCCAGGUUCUUUAUCUCCCACUUUUAGCUGAUCUCGACGUAGCAGGGACAUAUAGUUGGGGUAGUGCGACCCUUGCAUACCUGUAUCGGCAGCUAUGUCGGGUAUCACAGAGGGGUGCGAGGGAGUUGUGUGUGUGUGUUGUUGUUACAGAUUUGGGCAUGGGAGCACAUACACAUUGGCAGACCUCGGAUUUCGAGGGUGCGAGACCCACCUCAAUAGUUUGA